UGCUAAAUGUCAGUGUUUUGUGAUGUCAACUGUCAACCACAAGAGCACGCUAGUGUAGCCGGCAACAGUCAAGUUGAAGUUGUUGGAACAUUUUAAAAUAAAAAUUAAAUCAUAUAUGUUGUAAAUAAGACGUGGAAUUUGUCAUCCAGAAUCACCAAAAAGUAUGGCUGGACCAGACGUGGCAGCUCUGGCUGCCGAUUUAGCACGUGCCGUGGAACUUACCAUGAGUACAGGAGCUUCUCAACAAGAUAGAAUGAGAGCCUAUCAAGCUUGUGAGAGCUUUAAAGAAACCUCACCACUAUGUGCUGAAGCAGGCCUGUAUUUAGCUGCGGAUACUCAGCACUCUGCCAUAUCCAGACAUUUCGGAUUACAACUUAUGGAACACACUGUCAAAUACAGAUGGACUCAGAUUUCUCAACAAGAAAAGAUAUUUAUCAAGGAAAAUGCUAUGAAAUUACUAUCUGCUGGUGGUGUAAGUGAUGAAUCACACAUGAAAGAUGCUUUGAGUCGAGUUAUUGUUGAAAUGGUUAAAAGGGAAUGGCCACAACAGUGGCCUGGGUUAUUAAGUGAGUUGUCAGAUGCCUGUGCAUAUGGGGAAACUCAGACUGAAUUGGUUUUACUAGUAUUUUUACGUUUGGUUGAAGAUGUGGCAUUAUUACAGACUCUAGAAUCAAAUCAACGUAGAAAAGACAUUUACCAUGCUCUAACUGCGAAUAUGGCAGUUAUUUUUGACUUUUUUCUUAGACUGAUUGAACUUCAUGUUGGUCAAUUCAGACUCAAUAGUGAAACAAAUAUGUUAAAAGCAAAUGCUCAUGGUAGGGUUGUUCAAGUAGUUUUAUUAACUCUCACCGGUUUCGUAGAAUGGGUUUCUAUGAACCAUAUAAUGGCUCAAAAUGGAAGACUCCUACAAAUAUUGUGUCUUUUACUUAAUGAUCAGGCUUUUCAAUAUUCUGCUGCUGAGUGUCUAUCACAGAUAGUGAAUCGUAAGGGGAAAGUUGAUGAAAGGAAACCAAUACUCUUAUUAUUUAAUAAUGAACCAAUGCAGUGUCUCCUAACUGCUGCUAAAAAUCCUGGUACUCUUGGUGAUGAACAACAUUAUUUAUUCAAAAAGAAACUAAUUCAGGUUUUAUUAGGUUUAACCACCCAAGUGUGCACGCUAUGGGGCAAAGACGGACUAGCUCGCCCUUCCAACUUCUCAUUGUUUCUCGAAGCCAUUUUGGCAUAUAGCAGCCAUCCUAGCCUAAAUUUGGCCCACGGAGCGAAUCCCUUGUGGAAUAGCAUGUUAAAAAAUGAACACGUUGCUAGAGAUCCUUUAUUUCUGUCAUAUAUAUCUCAGUGGGUGCAAUGUACAGCUCCAAAAAUUAUCAAAUUUAAUUAUCCGUUGGGUAAAAGUCCGACUAGAGGUGAGAUUGGAGAAAACGCCAUGUAUGCAAAAUUGGAUUUCGACAGCGAGGAAGAAUUUUCUGCCUACUUCUACAGAUGUCGAUCUGAUAUGCUUGAUUCCUUUAGGCAAGCGACUGUAGUAGCCCCUUUAGUAACUUUUAAUUAUGUAGAACAAUGGUUGAUCAAAUGUUUACAAGUUCCGAACAUAACUGUAGGUUUAUCUCUAUCUGACCCGAUCUACCAAGAAUGGGAAGCAUUAUCAAAUUUUUUGGAAAGUAUUCUGAGCAGGGUGCUUCAGGCCACCGAGAGGCCUUCCAUUGCUUCUGGUUUAAGAUUGCUGCAAAUGUGUUUGUCUUAUCAGCCUGUAGAUCCUUUGAUUUUGUCAACAUUAUUGACUUGCAUCUCUGCAUUAUUUGUUUUUUUGAGUAUGUCAACUGGACAAAUGGCACCAACUGCAAAUUCUGUAGCAGCUUCCGGGGCCGCCCUCCUUCCUCAAGUAUUAGAAAAAAUCUUCUCGACCCUAGUCUACACUCCCGAAGGUGUGUCGAUCAACAACAGAUCUAGAGCUGUCAAAAAUGUCAGACGGCACGCGGCAUCGCUAAUGGUUAAAAUAGGCAAUAAAUAUCCUCUACUGCUCCUGCCUGUCUUCGAUCAAAUUAGGGCCACAGUAGACAAUUUAUCGAGACCCGAUGGGCCUGCCCAAUUGAGCAAUUUAGAAAAGGUGACGUUACAAGAGGCCCUUUUGCUAAUUUCCAAUCAUUUUGGAGAUUAUGACAGGCAAAGUACUUUCGUUGGAGAAGUUUUAAGACAGGCAAACGCGCAGUUUCUGGACAUAGUAAAUUCAGGUGCAUUCAGGAACGCAUCGAAUUUCAUAACAUUCGUUGGACUCGAUAAACCUCCCGUUCCAACUAAUAUUGAAGAUUUGUGCGGCCAAAAUCGUGGAAAUAUAAUUUUUUGUGUGAACCUUCUUCUCGGAGCUGUCAAACGUUGCGCAUGGCCUGACGAUCCCGAACGAGCGACUCGGGGUGGUUUUGUAGUUUCUCUAACCGAAUCGGGCAAUCCCGUGUGCCGGAACCCGGCCGCUCCUCACGUCGUACCGCUUUUGCCGCACAUCCUCAAUUUGAUCAAAAUUUUUAACGAAUUGUUUACUCCCGAGGCGCAGAAUAUUAUCCAUGAAAGUUAUAAGGGUUGUUUGGCUAUGCAAGAGACUGAUAGGAUGAAUUUGCUAGGAUUGAUAGGGCAUAUAGCGGGCGGGGAUGUGGGGGAUACGCAGGUCGUACAGAGUCCGCUGGAGAGGAUGCAAAGGUUUUUGACAGGGUUACAUGAGAGCUGUUAUCACAUGAUGGGUUCAUUAGGGCCAUCUUUAGGAAGAGAUUUAUAUAACAUACCGGAUCUUGGUUUGGCAAUCGUCAAUAGUGUUUUAUCAUGUAUGCAAUAUAUACCAGAUUAUAGAAUAAGGCCAAUCAUAAGGGUGUAUCUUAGACAGUUCAUCUUUUCUUGCCCGGCUCCUUUUUACGAAGUUGUUGUAUUACCAAUCAUGGCUCAUCUUUCACCUAUAAUUUUGUCAAGGUUGCACACAAAAUGGCAGCAAGUUAUCGAAUUUCGUAACCGUGAGGCUCAAGAAGACAACCAAGACACUCAAGAGGUCCUAGAAGAUAUCCUCACUCGAGCGCUGACCAGAGAGUACUUGGAUCUAUUGAAGGUGGCGCUGGUGGGCGGAUCCGUCACUCCCGAAUCCAAUUCGGAAACUAUGGAAACGGAGGCGCACAGUAUGGACUCUCCUACGCCGCCGCAUACUCGAUCAAAUAUGACAAACGAGGUUAUUUCUGAUUUAGGGUUGAUAUUGCUGCGCAGCGAGAAGACCUGUCAUUCCAUCGUGUUGGCCGUUUUGGGGGCGUUGGCGUGGAUCGAUAGCAACGGUUCGUUGAAAGCUACUUUUUUGACAGGCCCCAUAGUUCGACAACUAUCCUCUGACAAAACCCUGAACGGCGAAGUGGCAGCUCACAUAAUGGCGGCCGUUCUCAACGCGCUUACUCUUCACGGCCAACACGAGGCCAAUCAAGGUUCUUUACUCACCUUAGGCGCUCAAAUUUACGAACUUCUUAGACCGAAUUUCCUCGAAGUGUUGGCCAUCAUGCAGCAGAUACCGGGAGUGAAUCCGGUGGAUUUGCAAAAAUUGGACGAAAGGAUAUCCGGAAGUACCAGUAAAGGCAAUAAAGUCGAAAAGGUUAAGAAGGACCUUUUCAAGAAGAUUACUGGAAAUCUGAUAGGCAGGAGUAUGGGCCAAUUGUUUAAAAAGGAAGUGAAGAUCCAUGACUUGCCUCGAAUAGUAGUUACAAAAAAACCUGAGAAUGAAGACGUUAUUACCAAUUUGAGGAAUGUAUUUAGUUAGUUAAUUGUAAAAAUUGAAAAUAUAUUAUUUAUUAAUUGAUGAACUUGUUCAACAUUCCUGCACAUGGGUGGAUUUAAGAUCUAAAUUCUACAGAUGAAAUGGAAGUAUUUUAUUAACUUUAUUUUGGGAAUUAAUAGUUAUUGUGGUUUCAUUUUAAUGCCUGUAAACAAAUUUGUUUAUUUUUUGCUUGUGCCAAUUUACUAAGCAUCACUAUUUUAUUGUGUUAUAAAGUAAACAGAAUGCGUUUAAAAAAUAAAAACCAUUGUUUAAUAAUAUUUAUGUAAUUAAUUGACUUUUUAAUAUUUCUUGAAUCCACUCUUGUUCCUGUUGUUCAGUUUUAAUAGACUGGUAAUUUCGUAAUACUUUAUGAUGGAAUUUAUAUAUAUAAUUGUCUCAGUUUGUAUAUAAUUUGUUAGGUUUAUUUUUAUUUAAUUUUUUUUUGUUUAUUAGUAAAAUAAAGAAGCUUAUUCUUCUGAAGAAAAAA